UCUCUCUCUCCCAAAAUGGCAUUCUCUGGUUUUGAAGGCUUUGAAAAAAGAUUAGAACUUCAAUUCCUUAAUGAUGAUCCAAAUCCAACCAUUAAUCACCAACUUGGUCUUAGAAAACUUGAGUUUGAAUCCAUUCAACAAAUUCUACAAGCUGUUCAAUGCACAGUUGUUUCAGCAGUUGGAAACUCUUACUUUGAUGCUUAUGUUUUAUCAGAAUCAAGUCUUUUUGUUUAUCCAACAAAAAUCAUAAUCAAAACUUGUGGAACUACACAACUUCUCAAAUCAAUUAUUCCCUUAAUCUACUUUUCAAAUAAUCACUUAAACCUCACACUCUCUUCUGUUUCUUACACAAGAGGUAGCUUCAUCUUCCCAAACUCACAACCUUUUCCUCAUACUUCAUUCAAUGAAGAAGUUUCUUACUUAGAAAACACCAUCCCUUCAAAUCUUUGCUACAAAAAAGCUUCCAUUAUGCCUUCAAAAUCUUCUUCUCAUUCAUGGCAUGUUUUCACUGCAACACAAAACCCUCAUCAUCAUGAUCAUGAUCAUGAUCACAUACCUUAUGAGUUACCAUACACAAUGGAGAUCUGCAUGACAGAGCUUGAUCCUGUACUUGCCGGAAAAUUCUUCCGGAAACCGGGCGAUGAAAAAUCCGGACACUCGGCCGGAAAAGAAAUGACGGAGCUAACCGGAAUAAACAAAAUCAACAAAGAAGCAUUCAUUUGUGAUUUUGCAUUUGAUCCUUGUGGCUAUUCAAUGAAUGGAAUGGAUGGAGGAUUGUAUUCUACAAUUCAUGUAACUCCAGAAGAUGGUUAUAGCUAUGCAAGCUUUGAAUGUGUAGGGUCUGUGAACAAUGAUGAUGAUGACAUAGUUCAUGUGUUAAGGAAGGUUGUUCAGAUUUUUCGACCGGGGACAAUGUCGGUAUCGAUAACGACAUGUAGUGAGUAUAAUAAUGAGGUUUGGAGGAAGGUUGCUAGUGCACUGGAGCCUCUUGGAUUGAAAUGUAGGAGUUGUGCUAUGGAUCAGUUUCCGGCGUUAGGUAGCGUUGUGUUUCAAACAUUUACACCUCUUCGCCGAAAAAAUGCUUCAAAGUAGUGAUUGUAAGAAGAUCUUAAUCAUUUGAUUUGUUCAGAAUAGUGACUAUAAGAAGAUCUUAAUCAUCUGAUUUGAUCUGUAAUUUAUAAUGUUUUUUUACUGAACUUCAAAUUUAAACGGUCCGAUCUUAAUUGAAUCAUCUUUAAUGUACUAACGAUAUAAGUAUAUUCUCUGACAUAGAGAAUCCAUGCCUUCAAAGUAGAGAGCAUAAGCUAACAAGAGUGAGUUAGAGUUUAGUUGAAAAUUCCAGGAAUGGUGACAUGGCACGAUGUUAUUGGUUAGUAUGGAUGAUGAAUAGUAUUGGUUUGACUUGUUUAGAAAGUUAGGACAAGUGGGGUGGAACAAGUUUAGUACUACUUUAGAGUUUAGA